CAAAAUCCUUUGCCAAUCAGCUGGCGGGACUGAGCCGCAGCAGCUCGCGGGUCACCUGCUCGACGAAUUGCCCCGCCCAAACAGGUCUCCCCAUUCCAUUAGAAUGGCAUUGCUAGGUGCUACGCUCGGCCAGCCACCAUCGCCAUGUCCCUCCACCUCUAGCUGCUCCCUAACCUCGAGCCUUAAUUGCUCCGCAUCAUUCCGUUUUCCUCGGCAGCCAGGUGAGUGACACUGACAUAACGGAUCAGGGCACUUUGGCGACGACAUGUACUGCAUACUCUCCGUCUUUCUGCGUGCAGGCGUGGUUGUGCACAGGCGAGUGUAUCCCAGGAUCGAAGCCACAGCGAGGCACGGCGCACGGAAAGAGAACGCCAAGGUCAGGAACCGCAGGCACCAGAAAAAGUUCAACGGCACGGCAACCAAGCCCAGGCUGUCUGUCUUCUGCUCCAACAGGCAGCUCUAUGCCAUGCUUGUCGACGACCAUGGCAAGAGGAUGCUCUUCUAUGCCAGCACCCUGCAGGAGGCCAUCUGCGGCGACCCUUCAUGCAGCACCGUGGAGGCUGCUCGGAGGGUCGGGGAGGAGCUCGUCAAGGCGUGCAAGGAGCUGGAAGUCUCCGAGGUCUCGUGCUACGACCGCAACGGCUUCGCCCGAGGGGAGAAGAUGAUGGCGUUCGAGGAUCCGAUCGCGCAGCAUGGGUUCCUGCCGAGAUAGCAGAAGCAUUGCAUGGCAGGCUUGCAUUGGCUGUUCAAAGUAGAGAUUAGUUAGGGAAGAGUAGGAAGAAGGUUGUUUGCUCUGUGAGUUGCUUGCCGGAUGUAUGAUCUAAAGAAUGUAGUUUCACACCAGUUAUU